AUGCCUUCUAAACUCAGCAAUGAAUGCAUCAUGUACCUUCUGGAAUCCUUUUGUAGCUAUGACUCUGUGGUGAUGAUAGAGCCGUAUCAUCGGAUGAGCAUCCCAGUAUGUCAUGACUCCUUUGUUUACACUUUUCUUUACCUAGCAUACGUUUUUAUUCACCUUUACUUUAAUUCAGCUCAUCUGUCGUCGAUACUUCGUCCAGAUCUUUAAUGGGAGGUCGUAUUCGUACUGGUUGAUGAGCAGUUCUAUUUUUUGAGGGACCGUCACCGUGUCGAAAUUCGGUUUGAACGUGCAAGUAAGAAAUCGAUCAAGAAUCAGGGUUCAGCCGUAUGAAAUUCUUGACAUCAUAUUGAGUUUUUACAGGACACACAACACGAGAAAAUUAUUUGCAUAACCCGUUAAUCUCAUUCUUUAAAUUGGUCGCAAUUACACCUGAAAUUGAGCCGUUACCAGGGCGAGACAAGUAUGUGAUCAAAGUGUAUGGAGAGGUUGAAUACAUCAGGCCUCUUUUAAAGAUAUUUUUUGGUAGGGUAAACAUGGUAUCUAUUCUAUUUCUUCCGUUUAUCUGUGUUUCAGAAAAUCGGAUUCCAGCGCAAUACGCUUUUGGUGCCUCACACGCGGCCGCCGCGGAAUUCAACGAUCUUGUGGCCACCGAUUUUUCUUACCCUGCCCACCGGCUCUUCGGCAUGCCUUAUGAGUUGAGCAGUUUUACGUCGUGCGACCCUCGGGUCUCGAAUUAUAUUGUCCCUAUUGUAAUCAAUGUAAGACGUCUUCCAGAAACACGUAUGUCUUUUAGAUGCCGCACAAGUUUUUCACAUAA